AUGUCGGCUAUCGAGCUGAUCAACCCUCGGGCCGAGAGCGUCCGCAGGGCACAAGCACUUGCCGUCAAUUGCGCAGGAGCGAUGGGUCUGGCGAAUGUGGUCAAGUCCAAUUUGGGACCGCGUGGCACGAUCAAAAUGCUAGUGGAUGGCAGCGGUAACCUCACGAUGACGAAAGAUGGUUGCAGAUUGCUGAAGGAGAUGCAGAUUCAGAAUCCUACCGCUUCGAUGAUAGCCCGGACUGCAGUCGCUCAGGACGAUCAGUGUGGAGACGGUACCACUAGCGUUGUGCUUCUGGUCGGUGAAUUGCUCAAGCAAGCAGAACGAUACAUUCAGGAAGGCGUUCAUCCCCGCGUCAUCAGUGAAGGCUUCGAGGUCGCAAAGGCCAGCACGCUAAAGGUGAAUGAGGUCGCGCAGGCCCCGCAUACCUGGACAGUAGUUGAUCAAGUCUUUCAUUUCGAUCACAGUUUCUAGAGGAGUUCAAGCAAACACCCACAAUCGAUCGCGCAGCUCUCGUGGCAGUAGCGCGCACUUCCCUUUCCACCAAAUUGCACGCAAAGCUGGCAACACAGCUUGCCGGAGAUGUCGUCGAUGCUGUGCUGGCCAUCAAGCCCUCCAAGAGCAGCUCUGUCUCUGCUCCAGCGCCCAAGGCUGGCGACAACACGACCGAGAAUCCUGGCGAGUGGACAGUCACAGAUCCUAUCGAUCUCCACAUGGUCGAAAUCAUGAAGAUGCAGCACAGACACGAGACGGAUACCCAACUCGUCAAAGGUCUCGUGAUGGACCACGGGGCACGACACGCAGACAUGCCUCGCAGAGUCGAGAAUGCUUACGUGCUUACUCUGAACGUUAGCUUGGAGUAUGAGAAGACGGAGGUGAACUCUAGCUUCUUCUACUCCUCUGCAGAGCAAAGAGAGAAGCUGGUGGAGUCAGAAAGGAGGCACGUCGACGCCAAACUCAAGAAGAUUGUUGAGCUCAAAAAGGCAGUGUGCGAUCAAGCUGUAGAAGGAUCCAGCGAAAAGCCAAAGAAAUUUGUGAUUUUCAACCAAAAGGGCAUCGACCCGCUUUCGCUAGACAUCUUGGCCAAGAACGACAUCCUCGCCCUGCGCCGCGCCAAGAGAAGGAACAUGGAGCGAUUGCAAUUGUGCUGUGGAGGCGUCGCACAGAACUCGGUGGAUGACUUGUCACCGGACGUGCUUGGCUAUGCUGGUCUUGUAUACGAGCACACUUUGGGCGAGGAAAAGUACACAUUUGUGGAGGAGUGCAAGGAGCCGCAAAGUGUCACUUUGCUCAUCAAGGGUGAGUCUUGUCGCCAUUGACACAGCACAAUCACUGGCCAUGGCUGACGAAUACGUGAACUUGGAUCUCCCCUUGCAGGCCCGAAUGCGCACACAAUGUCACAAAUCCAAGAUGCCAUCCGAGACGGGUUGCGCUCUGUCAAGAAUGCUAUCGAGGACGCUGCACUGGUUCCAGGCGGCGGUGCCUUCCAGAUCGCGGCGGCCGCGCACUUGGUGGACAAUGUUGGCAAGAGCACAAAGGGACGUGCAAAAUUGGGUGUGCAGGCAUUUGCGGACGCACUUCUCGUCAUUCCCAAGACUUUGGCUGCCAAUGGCGGGUUCGAUGUGCAGGACGCCAUCGUCGCGCUGCAAGAUGAGCACUCUGCCUCUCCCGGAAGUGUCGUUGGCUUGGACCUUACGACUGGCGAGCCCACGGAUGUUGUCACGCAGGGCAUCUGGGACAAUUACAGAGUGAUCAGGCACAUGCUUCACAGCGCGUAAGUGUCGUCCUCUGCUAUGGCGCGAGGCCUGUCACUGACUCGACAGACUGUUUUUCGUCCACUUCACACAGCUCCGUCAUCGCGACCAACAUCUUAUCGGUGGACGAGCUUUUGCGUGCGGGACGAAGCACUCUGAAGAACGAGCCACCUCCAGGACAGUAG